UACAUAUACAAUGUACAUGUUCACUGUGACGCGGUAUCGCUUUUCUCGGCCUGCGCCUGGUUACAAGGUUGUAGGCCUCUACGACGUUUACGAAAUCAUCGAGGGUUGCUGAAAAAUGUUACGUCUAACUUCUCGCGUUCCAGGGGUCCUGGGUGCCCUCAGAAGAUACAGCAGCCAUGCAGCACCCACAACAAAGAUGUUCAUCAAUGGAGAGUUUGUGGAAUCUAAAACAACAGAAUGGAUUGAUCUCCACAAUCCGGCAACCAAUGAAGUGGUAACCCGUGUUCCAAAGUGUACCCAAGAUGAAAUGCAGUCAGCAGUGGAUGCAGCUGUAGCAGCAUUCCCAUCAUGGUCUGAGACAUCCAUCAUGACCAGACAACAGAUCAUGUUCAGAUAUCAGCAUCUCAUCAAAGAGAACCUGAGUGAGAUUGCUAAGAGUAUCACGUUGGAGCAGGGCAAGACAUUAGUUGAUGCUGAGGGUGAUGUCAUGAGAGGCUUACAGGUUGUCGAGCACACAUGUAACAUUACUUCCCUUCAGUUGGGUGAAACACUGCCGUCCAUUGCUAAGGACAUGGAUACAUACACAAUGAGAGUUCCCCUGGGUGUCUGCGCUGGAAUUACACCGUUCAACUUCCCAGCCAUGAUUCCUCUGUGGAUGUUCCCCGUAGCGGCUGUAUGCGGUAACACCUAUGUCAUCAAGCCAUCUGAGCGUGAUCCAGGAGCAUGUAUGAUGCUGGUAGAGAUGGCUAAACAAGCUGGGUUGCCUGCUGGUGUAGUCAAUGUCAUCCAUGGCCAACAUGAUGCUGUGAAUUUCAUCUGUGACAGUCCCGCCAUCAAGGCUAUCUCCUUCGUGGGUUCUGAUCAGGCUGGGAUCUAUAUCCAUGAGCGUGGUAGUAAGAAUGGUAAGAGAGUCCAGGCUAACAUGGGUGCCAAGAAUCACGGUGUCAUCAUGCCAGAUGCUAACAAGGAAAACACUCUCAACCAGCUGUGUGGUGCAGCCUUUGGUGCAGCUGGCCAGCGAUGUAUGGCACUCACGACGGCUGUAUUCGUUGGCGAAUCCAAGGAAUGGAUCCCAGAUUUGGUAGAAAGAGCUAAGAAUCUCAAGGUCAAUGCAGGUGAUCAACCGGGGGCUGAUCUUGGCCCACUGAUAUCACCAGCAUCCAAGACUAGAGUAUGUGACUUGGUCCAAUCAGGAGUGGAUGAAGGAGCAACUAUGCUGCUGGAUGGACGAGAUAUCAAAGUACCUGGCUAUGAACAGGGAAACUUUGUUGGACCAACACUCCUGUCUGAUGUCAAGACUGACAUGAAAUGCUAUAAGGAGGAGAUUUUUGGUCCAGUUCUCCUUGUCAUCACCGUGGAUACCAUGGAUGAAGCUAUCAAUUUGAUAAAUGAGAACAUGUACGGCAAUGGUACCGCCAUCUUUACUACCAAUGGGGCCACUGCCAGGCAGUAUACAGAAAGGAUUGAUGUUGGGCAGAUUGGUGUCAAUGUGCCUAUCCCAGUCCCACUGCCCAUGUUCUCCUUCACCGGUUCCCGUGGCUCCUUCCGAGGAGAUACCAACUUCUACGGCAAGCAGGGUAUUCAGUUCUAUACCCAAUUGAAGACAGUGACCCAACUGUGGAAGGCAGAGGAUGUAUCUCACACUAAAGCGGCUGUAGCCAUGCCUGUCAUGAAGUAAAGUCGGCUUGAUGAGUGGACGUCCUAAAGAUUCGGAAAGAUUGAGGUGAGAACAAUUCUAAUUAUUGAUAAUCAAAUUAUCACUGUUUUGAAUUAAAGCACAUUAAUGUGACUGUAUGAUUGGCUAUGAUGUAACAAACUCAACCACAAACCUGACAAGCAAUAUGAAGAAUAUUUAUAUCGUUUUGUUUGAACAAUUAGACAUUGGAAAAAAAGAGUAGUUUCUUUCCUGUGUGAAACUCAUGGACGGUUGAUAUGAAUUUUGAGAAUGAAGAUAUUUUUCUUGUUAUAAAAGAUCAAAUAACAAUUGUUUGCAGUCACAAACAGAACGAAGCUUUUAUUUUCAGUAUAUUCAGAUUUGUACUGAGAAAUAUUUUGAUGCAUUUCAUCAGCUAGAUAUAACAAAGGGGCUUUUGUUUUUGACAAACAUUUCAAAGUUGUUUUGUGUACAUUAAGAUAAUAACAUAUUUGCUUUCAGUUACAUUUGGUUGUGUCUCUAAGUAAAAGUAGAUUUCACUACUUUUUUAACAUAUCAGUUCCCUGUCUACCAACGUUUGUUAUUUUGUUGCAGAUUUCUUUUUUUUCCUGGAAGUACGUUUAUUUAGAGGGUUGAAGUUCAUCGUUUGUUUCAUCUUUUGUGUAAAGUCUUAAACAAUAACUAGAAUGUUCAUGGAGAUUUUUAUUCUUCCAAAAUCAUGGAAAUUGGAAAAUAUCAUUUUAAUACUGGUUUUGGCAUGGAAGGAGUUAGCAGAUAAGUACAUUUUAAAAUUGUCUCAAAUGGUUUUUAAUUUAACAUUCACAUUUCCCGCUAGCUUUUGUGAAAGGAAUGUCUCUUUCAUCACCUUCACAGAUAUGGUAACAUCCCUGAAUUUUGACGAUAUUGAUUCCUGGAACAAUAUUGCUAUUUUUGUGAAUACAUGUAGUUACAAAUGAUACAUGUACUAACAGUAGCUCAUGAGUGAUACUGACUUGAUUGAUAUGUGAUGGUCCAGUUGGGGUGUUUUCUUCAUCGGAAAUACAUACCAGUAUGUACUGAUCUUGUCUUCUAUGAAUUCAGUGAGUUUCCGGCCCUGCAACAAAUGUGGCCAUGCUAUUGUCAUAACAACAGGUGACCAAAAUCCAUACUGAUUGGCUAGUGGUAACAAUUAGUUUAUCACUGUGACGACAGGUGUUUAAUAGGCCCAGCUUCCGUGAAACAUUUGGUAGUGCCUUUUGUAUGAGUGGUUUUGGAAUGUUUGCAGAACUACAAUUAUCUUGCUUUCAUGUAAUAUUUCAAAUCAUUACUUGGCUAAUACUCUUAGUCUUUGAGACAACACUAUAACCUUUCAUUCUAGGAUAUCCUUUUCAUGAUGAAAUUACAAUGUACCGGUACCAUGUACAUGUAUGCAUUGCCGCAUUUCAAAUAUAUUGAGUAUCCACCAUUGAAGCACAAAAUUAAGCUUUUGCAAAAUUUAUUUUGGUCUUACAUGUACAUGUACAUUACCAAUUAAAAAUUAACUAUACCUUAGUUUACGAUUUGUCAUUUUGCUUCAGAAUACUAUAUAAAAUAGUUUGAGAUAUAUACAAUAAGUAUGCUGUCGUUUAAAAAUAAUGCUGUUUUAAAUCCUAAAAUUUUGUGAAACACAGUAACACAUUAAUAAUGUAUGUGAUUUCUAAUCAAGUACCAAAGAGAACAGAAUAAAUUUAUAUAUUCUUCACAGAAUCCUCUGA